AUGCGCACCAAGUGCCGAAAGGCACUGUUGCUGAACCGAAACCGAUGCGAUUCCGUUCCGAGUGUGGCCAUAACACCCACACGUGCGUCCACGGCCAGCGAGGAUGCCUUUUUCACGCCGAUGUCUACAAAAAUGACAUCCAGAAACACCAGUGAUGGUAAGAAGUCAAGUCGCAGUAGCAAUAUUCAAAGCGAAGAACGAGCCUCGCCAAGCACAUCACCAAGUCCUUUUCGUUCCAGAAAGAACACGGCACCGAUCCCCGGUAGUAUCCUGGUUGAAUCGACCUUUAAGAAAGGCGAGUCGACCGCCUCCACUCCCGGGCCGUCCACGCACGCGGAUGAUGCCCCUCCAACCCGACGAGCCUUCUUGAAUCGAUGGCGGGUCUCCUGGAGGCGCCCUGCCGUAGCAUUUCUAUCAGGGGAGCCGUUAUUAAAGCCCACCCCUCGCCCGUCUCUGCUCGCGCAACGUUUCCGUACUAACAGGUUGGAUCAGAUCUACGCCCAGACUGACAUCACGUCAAGCGAGCUCGACGCCCUCUACAGUCGUCCCGCCUUCACGCGUUGGUACGAAACGCACCGGGAGGAGCUUCUCGACGAGGUCGCCCAGCGACAACGGGCGAAACGCUGGGCCGGUGUCUGUGCCUUUGGCAUCCUCCUCCUCGGCCUCUUCGCAUUACCGGCCUUUGGCUUUUCUAACACGACAUGGGGUGGGACCUUGGCCGUUGGGACAGCCUUAACGGAGGCCGAAACCUUCCUUCAGCUGGUCGGGCGACGGGCCCAGCUGCUCUCCCGCGGUGUCACAGACGCGACGUCGUGUCGGCUGUGGAAAGGUCCGUUCCAAUCCAAAGGGGCCUGGGAGGGCUCCGCCUGGCCGCCUCUUCGUGUCCGACAGUGGAUAUGCAAGGUAGAACAGCUUCUGCUCGUGGCGGCGGUGCUGGGACUUCUCACCAGUGCGUUCAUGGGGCGAGGGUCGCGAAGCAAAGUCGUGGUGGCUCUGGGCUGUUUUUUGAUCCUCUUGUUCGAAUGUGCGUUAGUGCCCGGGGUUCGCAUCCGGCUGGGGAUGGGGUUUAGCGUGGUCAGUGGGUUCGUCGCCGUUACUGUAGCGCAAAGCUUGAGCUAA